AUGAGCAACAACGAGGAUGUGUAUGCGAAACAAUAUGAAUACACCAAUGUGGUGGAUAUGGUGCUGAGCAACCAAUACAAAAAGCCUGAACAUCACACAUUAUUCAUUGAUGCACGUACCGGUGAAUCGCUUACACUUUAUGGGCUCCGUCGAAUGACUGGGACGUUUCAUGCUGCUCUUUUACGAUUUGGAUUGAAAAGGGGCGAUGCUGUAUGCACUUUUAUACCUAACAAUAUCUAUAUGGCACCUAUCUAUAUGGGAACCAUGUCAGCAGGUAUCGCCAUCAGCCCUGCUAAUACAGCAUACGUCUCAAGUGAGCUUCAGCGACAGCUUCAAAUCAGUAAUGCCAAGGUGUUGAUUGCCCAUCCAAGCAACCUGGAUAUCGCAUUAGAUGCAGCAGCUGCAGUGGGGUUGCCACGAACAAGCGUAUUUUCUAUUACACGCGAUCCUAAACAACGUGUUCCUUUAUGGUCGGAUGUCUUUAUCGAUUAUUCGCAACCCGCAUUGAGCCCUAUUCCAAUGACCCACCAAGAAUCGGUUGAUACGACUGCAUACUUAUGCUUUUCCAGUGGCACCACUGGAAAGAGUAAAGGCGUGGUCACAAGCCAUUACAAUGUGAUUAGCAUGGUAAUGGAGACCAACAAUUUUGCAGGCAUCUUUCAGAUGGAUCCCCCACCCAAUAAAGUGAUGGCUGCUGUGAUUCCAUUGUAUCACUUUUCAGGUGUACAUCGAUACAUGAAUUCGGGUAUCCCCCAAGGUGCUACAACUGUCAUUGUGGAAAAGUAUUCAGUGCGCACAUUAUGUGAUACCAUCCAGCGCUUCAAAGUGACCGAUUUUACAGCAGCACCACCCAUCAUCAUCCACCUGGUGAAUCGCCCAGAGUGUGAUGAGUAUGACUUUUCGAGCCUACAAUCAGUGGGCUGUGGUUCAGCUCCAUUGUCACCGGCCAUUAUUGAGCGAUUCAAAGCAAAAUACAAAGUGCCAUUGACGCAAGGAUACGGCCUUACUGAAAUGUCCCCGGUGAUCACCUAUCAGCUGCCAGAAUGGGCACGACCUGAUUCGGUUGGCCGAUUGGCACCUUUUAUGAAAGCCAAAAUCGUGGAUCCGUCCAGUGGACGAGAGCUAGGUGUGAAUGAACCUGGAGAAUUAUGCGUCAAAGGGCCCAAUGUCACACAAGGCUACAAGGAUAAUCCUGAAGCUACAGCAAAUACGAUUGAUAAAGAUGGAUGGUUCCAUACCGGUGAUAUCGUUCGCGUCGAUGAAGAGGGUAACUAUUAUGUUGUGGAUCGCAUCAAGGAAUUGAUCAAAUACAAGGGAUUCCAAGUGGCGCCUGUUGAAUUGGAAGCAGUGUUGUUGCAAUGUCCCCACGUGGCCGAUGCAGGUGUCAUUGGCGUUUAUGACGAGACGCAAGGCACAGAGAUCCCAUUGGCUUUUGUUGUCACCCAUCAACAUCUCAUGCAAAACAAGGCCGAACUUGAAACCACUAUCCGUGAUUGGGUUGAUGCGCGUGUUGCUAACCAUAAGCGACUACGUGGUGGAGUCAGGAUCAUUGAUGCCAUUCCUAAAAAUGGCGCUGGCAAGAUUUUAAGAAAAGACAUGAAAGCCAUUUAUGAAAAUCAACAAAAGCGCUUAUCUAAGCUAUAG